CAAAAAUUCCUUCUCUUCUCUGCACUUCUUUUUUUCUCCCAAUUUUUCACUCUUCACACUCCCAAACCCUAGCCACCGCCAACAACAAUGCCGCCGAAGUUCGAUCCGAGCCAGGUCGUCGACGUCUUCGUCCGCGUCACCGGCGGAGAGGUCGGCGCCGCCAGUUCCCUCGCACCUAAGAUCGGUCCACUCGGUCUCUCCCCGAAGAAGAUCGGCGAGGACAUCGCCAAGGAAACCGCCAAGGACUGGAAGGGCCUCCGCGUCACCGUCAAGCUCACCGUCCAGAACCGACAGGCCAAGGUCACCGUCGUCCCCUCCGCCGCCGCCCUGGUGAUCAAGGCGCUCAAGGAGCCGGAGCGCGACCGUAAGAAGACGAAGAACAUCAAGCACAACGGCAACAUCUCGCUCGACGACGUCGUCGAGAUCGCGAAGGUGAUGAGGACGCGCUCCAUGGCGAAGGAAUUGGCUGGCACCGUUAAGGAGAUUCUCGGCACGUGCGUCUCCGUCGGGUGCACCGUCGAUGGAAAGGACCCCAAGGACUUGCAGCAGGAAAUCUCCGACGGAGAUGUCGAGGUUCCGCAAGAUUGAGCUACGGAGGUUAAGUUUUUUUGGAUUCGUUUCCAAUUUUUCAUAUAAAUUUUGUUAUUUAUUGUGCUUUUUUUUAAUUAUCAACUGUUACUGGGAUUGAACUUUUUUUGUGAGGAUUUCGUUUAUGCUAAAUUGGAAUUUUUAAGACUAAUUAUGCUGUUAAUGUUAUUAGUGCUCUAUUAAGGAGUAUAAUGUAGCUUUUUGUUCAUGUGGUACGAUUGUUCGUGAGUGUGCC